AUGGCAUAUCAAAAGAGUUUUUGGAUUAUUUUUUUAGGCAUAUCAAUAUUUCGAUCCAUUCUUUACUACUCAACUCACAACACAGACUAUAAAACUUGCAAAUAUCCAAUUGGACUAUGGCAAUGCAUUGAAUUUUCAUCAAUUACAGUUGUUUUAAUUUUAAAUAUUAUAGGUCACAUCUCGCACCAGCAAGGCUAUUCUCGAAAUUGCCGAAAUUUGUUUCUUAUAGUAACACCUUUGCUUCAAUUUAUUAACUUGCUAUGGACAAUUAUAGGCACUUACUGAAUCAUAUACACUCUAACAAGAGAGCGAUAUUGCGUAAUUUAUAAUUAGCUGCCAGAAUCAGGCAAGCCAUAUCAGCUAGCAGUCACUCUUGUAUCCUAUUACAUUUAUUGAAGCAUAACUUCUUGCUCAGUCGCAUUAUUAGGCAUUCUCAUGAUAAUGAAUUAUCAGCAGAGAAUCAUCGGGAUGGAUCUAAUUAAUUUAGACACAAACCAAAGUAGGCGCAAUACUCGACUGACCCAAGACCAGAUUCAGACAAUAAAAACAGAGCUGCUUGAUGAGUGCAUGACCUGUUCUAUUUGUUUAGAAAUCGUUGAUCCUGGUGUUGAAGUCAGGGUGCUCCCUUUAUGCAUGCAUAAGUUUCAUUGUGAAUGCAUAGAUCAAUGACUUAAGCGAAAUGCAAUGUGCCCAUAUUGCAGAAGACACGUCAGUAUUGAUGCGAUAAGUGUGGCUUAA